UGCAGUCACGCAGGUCGCGCAGAAACCAUAAUAAUAAAAACUACGCAGAAACCUGCGUCUUUCAAGGAUCAAUCAUGUGAAAAUAUAUAUAUAUAUAUAAUAUAAUGCGGCUGUUGUUCAGAUGAUUCUGAUGCUGCGCUCUUCUGCUAUUCAGAUUCAGAAAAAUAAAUAAGUAUACACUUAAUACAGGAGAAGACGAAGUUUGUACAUAAGAAUUAAGUAAUAGCCCGGUAUCAAGAAAAUUGGAACGAGAAUUAUUUGUAAAAGUUUCAAAAGCCAAUGUAAGAAUAUCAGUUUGUUUUAGCUGUGCAAAUUUAAAACACCUUGACAAAAUGUUCAAUCAAAACGCCGCUCUAACUACACCUAAGUCGACUGCAAAUCCUAUGAAUGAUUUCGAAGUGGUAUCCCCACCUGAGGAUUCGAUAUCAAGUUUGGCAUUUAGUCCAGCAGCCUUAUCUCAAAAUUUUCUUGUUGCUGGCUCUUGGGAUUGCAAUGUCAGGUGCUGGGAAGUCGAGCAAACCGGAAAAACUGUUCCCAAAUCUAUGCAGAGUAUGACAGGACCUAUCCAAGAUGUUUGUUGGAGUGAUGAUGGCACUAAAGUAUUUAUGGCGUCUUGUGAUAAAAUGGUCAAAUGUUGGGAUUUGGCUUCUAAUCAAUCAAUCCAGGUAGCUGCUCAUGAUGCUCCUGUGAGAACUUGCCAUUGGAUUAAAGGUUCAAAUUAUUCAUGUUUGAUGACUGGUUCAUGGGACAAAACUUUAAAGUUUUGGGAUCUCAGAACGCCAACUCCCAUGCUCACGUUUAAUUUACCUGAAAGAUGUUACUGUGCAGAUGUUGAUUAUCCAAUGGCGGUUGUAGGAACAGCUGGAAGAUGGUUAUUAGUGUAUCAGUUGGAAGGACAGCCAGCUGAAUUCAAAAGGAUCGAGUCCCCUUUAAAAUAUCAACACAGAUGUGUUGCCAUAUUUAGGGAUAAAAAGAAAGCUCCCACUGGAUAUGCUUUGGGCAGUGUAGAGGGUCGUGUUGCCAUUCAAUAUGUCAAUCCGAUCAAUCCCAAAGACAAUUUUACAUUUAAAUGCCACAGAUCAAAUGGAGCACAGGGUGGAUUUCAGGAUAUUUAUGCUGUGAAUGAUAUAGCGUUUCAUCCAGUUCAUGGAACUUUAGCAACUGUUGGUAGUGAUGGAACAUUCAGUUUUUGGGAUAAAGACGCUCGCACCAAACUUAAGCCCUCGGAGCCAAUGGAACAACCUAUUACGCGUUGCUGUUUUAAUCAUAAUGGUCAGAUUUUCGCAUACGCCGUCUCUUAUGAUUGGUCAAAGGGUCACGAAUACUAUAAUCCGAUGAAAAAAAAUUACAUUUUUCUUAAAUCUUGUUUCGAAGAUCUGAAACCGAGAAGUGCAUCGUAAAUAGCAUAACUAUCUCUUUUGUAAAUUAAUACAAACUCUAUUUUACACAAAUUAAAACUAAGUAUUGAUUUUUUUUUUAAAAACUCUA